CACCCACACCCCCACACCCGCCCACACCCACACCCACACCCACACCCUUUUCGAAAUAGUUUUUGGACUUUAGUUUCGAAAUUUUUCGGUUCGAGUUUACUUUAUUUCUAUAAUCUGUAUUUCGAAACUUUUGCUUUGGACAAUUUCUCUUUCAAAACUUUAACAGUAAUUCAACCAAAAUUUUUGAAAAAAUUAUUAACUGAUAAUUGAUUUCGAGUUUCGAAUAGGAUAUGUUCUUUAAAAUUAUCCAUUCUAAUGUCUGUUUUUUAUUAUAGGAUGAUGAAAAAAUAUCAAAGAGUAUUGUAUACCUCAGAGUUUACUGAUGAACUCAAGCAAAAGCUUCGUAUCGUACGUUAUGACAAACGCAAAUCUUUGAAGGGCAACGUCUAUUACAUCGGUUUUUCGUCAGAAUCAGAUGCUCAUUAUGCAACAAAACUUGCUAACAAACUACCAAAUCUAACAGUGAAACCAUUUCAGCCAAAAACUACCAGAAUUUCUUCUCCAAAACAAUCAGCUAUUCGUUUUUCGCCAUCUUCUGAAUUUCCAUCACUUCCUUCGACACUUAGUUAUUUACCUCCAGAUUGGUAUCAUGCUCGUUCUUGCUCUCAACCAAAUAAACACGAACGUACUGGUGAAACGUUAUUGGAGCGAGGACAACGACUACUUGGAUUAUGCUCUGAAAUAUCACCAUCGUCAUCGAUUGGUUCUAAUAUUUCGAAGAGUACCGUUCACCUGAUUGAGAGACAUAUAUCUCCAACUGAUAAUCUUAAACGAGUAUUAAUUGAAGAGAUUAAAUCGUGCCUUGAUGCUAUUGAUUGUACAAGAGAAGCAGCAGAUGACUUCUGCCGCUUCAAUGAAUCUACACAAGAAAAUAAUGUUAACAUUAACUCAACAUUAGCAUCAACUGAAAAGGUGGUAGACCUCGGUGAUGAAAAGCAACGAUCUGCAUCUGGUCAACCCGAACAUGUUGAAAGAGAAAAGAAGGUCAAUGAUUCUUCAUUCAACAAUUCAGAUUUACCAUUUGAUACAGUUAUGGGCGAUGAAAAUAAUAUAGUUAAAACAACUGAAGUUACCAAAAGUACUUCAGGAACAGUUAAAAUCGAAGUUGAAAUCACAGAUGAAGAGCUUUUAGCAAUGGCUUUGAUGUUGGAAGCAGAAAUGGAAAAACAAAUAUAA